AUGACGCCUACAUUUCGCCAGUUGCUUCUCGCCCCUCGCGGCAAAUGCGCCAACUCCCGAUAUGUAAAAAUAGACCUGCGAGUCAACCCAAUCUUUGUUGCAGAUCUCCAAGAAGAUAUGGGGAAGUCUGGAGACACGGCCAGACCCUCUCCUUUUCCUCCACAGGCAACCAUCGGAAUAGAUUUUCUUUCAAAGACGAUGUAUUUGGAAGAUCGAACGGUCAGGCUUCAACUGUGGGACACAGCCGGGCAGGAGAGAUUUAGGAGCCUCAUCCCUUCCUACAUCCGCGAUUCUACAGUAGCAGUCGUUGUCUAUGAUAUCACAAAUGCCAACUCCUUCCAUCAGACAUCAAAAUGGAUCGACGACGUUCGAACCGAGCGAGGAAGUGAUGUCAUCAUCAUGCUGGUUGGGAACAAGACAGAUCUGUCAGACAAAAGGCAGGUGUCGCUGGAGGAUGGGGAGCGCAAGGCAAAGGAACUGAAUGUCAUGUUCAUCGAAACUAGUGCAAAAACAGGCUACAAUGUAAAACAGUUAUUCCGCCGUGUUGCAGCUGCAUUGCCAGGUAUGGAGAGCUCACAAGACCAGAAGAACAAAGAAGACAUGAUCGAAGUGAAGCUAAAGGACACACCGCAGGAGCCCCAGUCGCAGGAAGGAGGAUGCGCUUGCUGAGCAACAGCUUCUCCUAUUGGUCAAUUCAAUCCAACAAUCAAUCCUAAAUGGUCAAUUUAGACAAAUGAUGUCCAAUCACAAUUCAGAAUGCAAAUAUGUCUGCUCUUGUGGGCUCAGUGUAUUUUGAAGUGCUGAGAUUCAAUAUGAAAUUAAGAAUUCCAUGUUUUGGUAGAGAGUUUUAUAUAUAAACAGCAAAGUCAUAAUUUUCAUAGCAUUUUAGUCAUAGAUAUUGAUAUACUUGGGUUAUUUUCUUGUGCUUAGUUCCAAGGCCCCUCCCUAUCCCUUCAGCAUUGCUUGAUUAGGCAUAAUUAGGCUAUUUUUCAAGUUGGGUUAUUUAAUCAUGUACUUAAGACAAGGUUGUUUUUAUUCUGAUAUGCAGUCCUUUCUUGUUCUUUUCUUGAAAACUUUUGUAAAGUUCUGAUAAUAAUAAUAAUAAUGCACUCCAAAAGGUGUGAAGUCUUGUGUAUAACAGGGCUGUUCAAUGAGUGGUUACGGUACACUUCUAUAGUGGGGAGUAUGUUUAUGUGGAUACUUCAGUACACAGUACUAUGCAAAGCCAUUUAUGUUAACUAAUAAUAUUUCAAACAUGGUACUUCCUAACUUGCAUUUUGUAUUAUGUUCCACCCUGUAGCAGAGUAGUAGACCAAAGGUUUUUUGAAUAGAAGAAGAAUUCACAGUGGGUAGCGUUUUUGAGGAUAAUUUAUGUUGAUAGAAGGUUAAGGGGGUCCUAAUCACGGUUCUUGCAGUGAUGGAAAUUUUUGCUCAGCCUUUUUUGUUCUUGAUGUUGUUGUUGUUAAAAUGGAAUACCCCUCCAGUGCAGCUGCCUGCUCCCCCUGAAUUGAAAGUGGAAUCUUCCAAAUUAUUACAUCAGCUAGUGUAAAAGAUCGUACCUACAAUUGCGCUUGUUUGGAUGUCAGCGUGAAAACACCCUUCGGAUCGACAAUGGAACAGGCCAGGUGUUUGGAAAGCUCAUUUCACCACAGCUGUUCUCAGGAUGCAACCACUGCAUUGGAGGGGUCAGAAAUGCUAUCCAAAUUCACACACUAAUGCCCUUGAGGAUAAUUAAUGUGAAGCUAUGUAUAUCACCUUUUUCUGGCAGCAAAGCAAGGCUCUAGUUUUAGAACAAAAGUGUCCAGAAAGCUUAAGAGGGAGCAAGUGAAAUUAUGGCAGUUGUGUAUAAUAUAUUCAAGCCUGUGUGGAAAACAAAAUGGUUGGAAGCUAGGGUCUGAAUUCCAUAAUUCCAGUGGGCCCUGUCCAAUGGGGCCCACGGCACCUUUUUGUACAGAAAUAAUGUAGUUGAAUUGUAGGUAUCCAAUUCUCUCUCUAGUGACUUGUGUAUCUAUGGUGAUGUAAUCUGGUGGCAUGGACGUGGCGAAGACUUGUGUACCGGAGCGGCGUGGGGACCCGUGGGCGUGGCGAAUCCAACCAUAGUACGUGCUGCCGUCGUAGCGUUCCAGAUCCAGCUAGCCAGUCGGUGAGAAUUGGGCUAGGACACGACAGAACUUCUUUGUUUCGCUGCAGUGUUUAAAUGACAACAAUAUGGUGCACUUGUCUGGAGAAAUAACUGUGGGACCUGUGCAGUGGGAAGACAGGGAGGGGCACUCAGCCAGGCCAUGGCAACACUCGGCCUUUCGUUCUUAACAACUUCUGACUGUAUCUGUCAAAAAGUAAGCUCUCUAUAUGGCAAUUGUUGGCAAGUCAUUCCAUGCCUUCAAAGCCAACACUAUUGAAUUCAAAUCUUUUCAAAAACAAGGAAUGUUUUGGUGGGUCAGAAGUACAUAUUCUGUUCAUUUAAAGCCUUCAAAAUUUAAUUUUCAGUUACAAAAAAAGCCAUUCAAGGCUACAGUAACAUGACAAAUUGUCAUUUUCAAUCCUUUCACAUUGCAACAAUGGUUAUAAAAUGUAAUUUUUUUUCACGUAUUUUUGUUGGCACUUACAGCCGUGCAACAUCCACAGUUUAAACUAUUGCUUAGCUUCCAAUAUUCCAAAAGUGUGAGAGAUGUCACUCUCUAAAUGUGUUCCAUGGCUGAGAGCUGAUCUGUGUGAAAAUUCAUACCAGCCCCCUCCUUGUUUUUCCACAGGUAAGGUCCCACACAUAAGCUGACCACAGUAAUUCAUGAAACAACAAUGUGUUGACUCAAAAAAUUCUAAGCUGUAUAGUCAUGUGUGUAUUGUACAGAAUUGAAGAACAAACAGUUGGUAGGGGGUGUGUAUGGGGAGAGGCUGUGUAUGGGGGAGCGUGGAGAAUAAAGAUUGGACAAUGGCAUCUGUUUCCAGCCACCAAAAGUCUCGCCGAUUGUUUUUGUUUACUAUGAAAGUCUCAAAUGUGAGCCGAGGACACUUGAGUUGUCCGACAUUUGAUGUCAGUGAUAGACUAGGCAUGUGGUAAGAAACUCUACAAUUGUAUGGUAUGUAGAAUUAUUAAACUAUGUGAGGGAUGCCACCAACAUUGGCAUGUUGAAAUCUCAAGUUAAGACGGUUUGGGUCCCUUGAAACAGUUGCAAUUUUCCCUGGUGUAUAUAACAGCUGUUGAUGAUGGCUGGGGGGUCUGGAAACAGUUGCUGGCCAGUUCUAACCAAUGAGCUUUAGCGAUGAAAAUGUGCUGCAAUGUGACGCUGUAAAAUGAAUGGUACAAGGAGUGACUUUUAUGUUGAUGUGAGCACGAAGUGGAAUUUUCUUUUUCCCCCUCCCCAGCGAGACUGUUCAUCUCCAGCUCUGUUUCAUCUGUGAGUUCUGGUCUGGAAAUUAUGUGUAUUUCCUUCAAAAAGGAUCAUAUUUGAGAUGAAAAGAAAUAUGGUGGUCAAGUCAUCACACUAUAAAUGCAUCAAUUUUUACACUAAGGCCAUUGCUCAAUGCUGAUUGGUCAUUAGAGCCACACCCCAUUUUUCAUACCUGUUGGGCUCAAGCUCAACAGGUCAUGUAAAACUGAAGUUCCAACUUGCUGGUUCCAAUGGAUUCAUUUGACUUGUUAAAAAGUAACUUUCCUUUACAAUUUGGUGGAAGAGAGCCUCCUAGCAGAUCACACUGGAGUUGCAGGACUAAAAAGGAAUGGUGGCGAACCAAAUAUCCUGAACUUCUGUUACAAUGUAGGUGACUCAAAAAUGGACUGUGUAGGAUUUUGGACAAAGCAGGAAAAGGGCUGUACCGGAAACAAUGGUUGGAAGGGGUGAGGGGAAAAAUUGAUAUGGAUAAUGAUACGUAAUAUCAUUCAUAAACUGCUUCCCGCCUUCCUCCAAUGAACAAACACACAGAAAUUCACAGGCAAUGUCAAUCAAAAGUGCUGCUGUGUGACCCAACAUUGUGGAUGCAUGGCAACUGUACCAGAGACCAAAUAUGUAGCUAAUGCUUAUGUCGACUUCUCAGUUUGUUCAACAAUGCCAAUGUUGUAAAGCAAACUUUAAGCCACAACCUUAGCAGCAGCCGCAAUGUUUACCGACCACACAGAUCUACAGAGCUGGAAAUGAUGCUGGAACAGUUGCUGUGGGGAGGGGGGCACCCGACAUUUGGCAGUUGACAUGUGUAGCUGUAGGCUGGGUAGCUCAGUUUGCCAUGUAGUGGUUAUUCCGUAUUCAAUGCCCAAUGGAUCUAAUAAAUGGACCUGACGGA